GUGAGCGGAGACAAGGAGGCGAGUUGGUGGAAAAUGAGUGGAGGGAGGCUGUUAUCUGAGGGUGAAAUUAUACAUUUGUUUUGAUCAAAGUCGCAAUUAUGUCUUUUUUGAACGUGGACCGAACUGCUCCGGGGGAAAUUUGCUGACACUGGAGGAUUUGCAAAGCAUUUUAAAACGGUUUUAUUUGAAGAGUGCCAGAGACCCACCGAUAUCCGUUAUUUUUUCCGCAGCCAGGAUGCCGCGGGACAACAAAACUCCUCUUAUCCAUAAAAUCGCAAAACAAGCCUAUGCCAUCUUUAAGUCGGCGGCCAACGGGGAUAACAAUGUCGUCGCAGACAAACAGACUGAACUAAUCUCUUUAGUGACUGCGGUCAGGGCUGCCGACCUCAAAAUUGCACCCCGGAAAACCAAACCGAGCUCCGUGGCAGCGGGGCUCCAAACCCCCCCUGUUACCUACAUGCACAUCUGCGAGACUGAGGUGUUCAGCAUGGGGGUUUUCCUGCUGAAGACCGGCGCCUCCAUACCGCUGCACGACCACCCGGGCAUGAACGGGAUGCUAAAGGUUCUCUAUGGGAAGGUGAGUGUUCGCUGUUUUGACAAGCUGGAGGAUAACCUGACUUUCAGCACUGUGCCGCCUCAUUUCGAGCCUCCACUGGCUCCAUUCCAGACGGCCUCCCUGCGGCGCUCCGUGCUCCGCUCAGUCGCUGAGUACUCAGAAAACAGCGGGCCGUGCCUCCUCACUCCUGUACGGGAUAACCUUCAUCAGAUUGACGCAGUGGAGGGGCCGGCUGCGUUCCUGGAUAUCCUGGCACCUCCGUAUAAUCCAGAUGAUGGACGGGACUGUCACUAUUACAAGGUCCUGCAAACUAUGGCAGAGGGGGAAACUGAUGAUAAGAGCAAUGAGGAGCAGCAGGAAGAGGAGAAGGAGCAACAAGAGGAGACAUGGCUGCUAGAAGUCCCUCAACCAGAGGACUUCUGGUGUGGUGGGGAACCCUACCUAGGCCCUGCAGUCUCGAUCUGAAUGAAACCUCUGAUCAGAGGAAGCACACUGCAGUAUAUGACCGUGUUUACAUAGUGUUGUCCAUCUAUACACAAGGGGAAACUGUUAGCCCUGUUCCACAGGGAAAUCAAACAUGAGGGUCAUUAUUACCUGGAAGUCAAAGGGAUUAAGUGCCUUGCUCAAAGGAUGCUACAGCAGGGCAGAAGGUUGUAGAAACAUGAGCUUGACAGAGAAUCAGGACCACUGAACUGCCUUCCACAAACCGCCAAUAACUUUGUACUGAGCAAAGAGUUGACUCAAGGAAUUCACAUUCCUAAUAUUUGUCAGGAUUAUUAGGUUGCCUUGUACACACAUGAAUGUCAUCUGUCAAAUGUUCUGUGAACGCUGGGGUGUCAUUAGGUACUCUUAUGUGAGGCUUGGAAAACCUUGCACACAUUUUUUUCUCACUCUGCGGCAGAGGUUUUCCAUAUUGUAACAUGUCUUAAUGCCAAAGCCUGUAACUCGAGUUGAAUAUUGAAUGUAUACUUAUUAAGAGUGCCAUUUCUAUUGUACACAUUCAUUUCCUUUUCCAAAGUGCACAGACUACAUAAUAUAUACCUUAUUUUUAUUUUAUGUGUUUAAAGGGGAAAAAGAUGAUAUUCAGCUUUUUCUACAUAUUCUAUGAUGUCAUGUCUCCUACUGUAGCUCAAUCUAGAGUCAUAUAGUAUAUAUGAUGCAUCAUAUCAUACUGUAGGUCCAGUGUUUAGGAUUUAGUGGUGUAGUUGCAAAUUCAAACUAUCUAGCUUCACCUUCCCCUUCCAAGUGCGAAGGAGAAUCUACGGUGGCUGCAAAACACAUAAAAAACAGCCCUAUCUAG